UUCGGUGGCCAGUAGCUCAGGUUAGUCGGGUUGGUCGGUUCGAUAGAGAACGGUUGUCUGAAAGGGGUUUCUAAAUUUGUUCAGUACCGAAAAUCGCAAAAGUCGGCGCGCAAUUAAUCCGGAAAUAAUUUAAACAUGGCACCUGCCAUAAACACAACGGCCAGCACCCUAUUAACUACAACUGCUUCGGCGUUUAAUGCCACAUCCACGGUGGGGAACACUACAGUUAACACCACUGAAAGUUCGGUUUGGGAGAGCAGUUACACCACGCCCGUCACCAUUUGGAUCAACGAUGGUGGCUACGAUGGACCGUACCUGUUCUUCUACCCCAGCUACAUCAUCUACAUCAUCCUGGUCUUUCUGUUUGUUAUCGCCUUUCCGCUGGCUAUGAUUAUGAGCGCCAAACGCAAGCGGGACGUAACUGCCCGAAAUCUCGCCCAGCAGAGACUACGAGCCCGUCGCCAAAUUGAGAUCAAUGUGACGAACAAUCGCAACGGCGGCUCCGAAGGAGUCAGCAACGUGUGCGCAAACACCCAGGACGAGGUCAGUGUGUUGCCGAAGAGCAUGGAUCUACCGCCCAGCUACGAUGAGGCAGCUUUCAGCGAGCGGAAGCAAGACAGCACCCUGACCAUAGCCACCAGCUUGGAGGCGAGCAACCUCAAUCUGGCGGCUGGAAUCAACGAACCCCCGCCGAUUUAUGAGGCGAACGUGGCCACCACGACCACUUCCACCACCAGAACUGUGUUCUUGGUAAACGGCCAACCACCGGUGGUGUAAAUCAGCAUGGCGAAUCGGAGGGUCCUUCUUUUAUUCUUAUUUAUACACCAUUCGAGACACCUUUUCAGUUUUGCCAAUGUAAAUAAACUUUGCUCCUCAAAAA